AUGGGCGCGGGGGCGCUCUCCCUGGGCGCCUCCGAGCCCUGCAACCUGUCGUCGGCCGCGCCGUUCCCCGACGGCGCGGCCACGGCGGCGCGGCUGCUGGUGCCCGCGUCGCCGUCCGCCUCUCCGCUGACCCCGACCAGCGAGGGCCCCGCGCCGCUGUCGCAGCAGUGGACGGCGGGCAUAGGCCUGCUGAUGGCGCUCAUCGUGCUGCUCAUCGUGGCGGGCAACGUGCUGGUGAUCGUGGCCAUCGCCAAGACGCCGCGGCUGCAGACGCUCACCAACCUCUUCAUCAUGUCCCUGGCCAGCGCCGACCUCGUCAUGGGGCUGCUGGUGGUGCCGUUUGGGGCCACCAUCGUCAUGCGGGGCCGCUGGGAGUACGGCUCCUUCUUCUGCGAGCUCUGGACCUCGGUGGACGUGCUGUGCGUGACGGCCAGCAUCGAGACCCUGUGUGUCAUCGCCCUGGACCGCUACCUCGCCAUCACGUCGCCCUUCCGCUACCAGAGCCUGCUGACCCGCGCGCGGGCGCGGGCCCUCGUAUGCACCGUGUGGGCCAUCUCGGCCCUGGUGUCCUUCCUGCCCAUUCUCAUGCACUGGUGGCGGGCCGAGGGCGACGAGGCGCGCCGCUGCUACAACGACCCCAAGUGCUGCGAUUUCGUCACCAACCGGGCCUACGCCAUCGCCUCGUCCGUCGUCUCCUUCUACGUGCCCCUGUGCAUCAUGGCCUUCGUGUACCUGCGGGUGUUCCGCGAGGCCCAGAAGCAGGUGAAGAAGAUCGACAGCUGCGAGCGCCGCUUCCUCAGCGGCCCGGCGCGGCCCCCCUCGCCCGCGCCCGCGCCGGGCUCCCCGCGCCCCGCCGCCGCCGCCACCACCCCGCUGGCCAACGGGCGCGUCAGCAAGCGGCGGCCGUCGCGCCUCGUGGCCCUGCGCGAGCAGAAGGCGCUCAAGACGCUGGGCAUCAUCAUGGGCGUGUUCACGCUCUGCUGGCUGCCCUUCUUCCUGGCCAACGUGGUCAAGGCCUUCCACCGCGACCUGGUGCCCGACCGCCUCUUCGUCUUCUUCAACUGGCUGGGCUACGCCAACUCGGCCUUCAACCCCAUCAUCUACUGCCGCAGCCCCGACUUCCGCAAGGCCUUCCAGCGCCUGCUGUGCUGCGCGCGCCGCGCCGCCCGCGGGAGCCACGCGGCCGCCCGAGACCGGCCGCGCGCCUCGGGCUGCCUGCCGCGGGUCCGGCCGCCGCCGUCGCCCGGGGCCGCCUCGGACGACGACGACGACGACGACGUCGGGGCCGCGCCGCCCGCGCGCCUGCUGGAGCCCUGGGCCGGCUGCAACGGCGGGCCGGCGGCGGACAGCGACUCGAGCCUGGACGAGCCGGGCCGCCCCGCGGGCGCCUCGGAAUCCAAGGUGUAG